AACAGAACACUUGGCAGCCAACCCGAAGGAGCUGAGGCGCGAGAGCGGCGAGCAGCUGAUCUUUGACGCGCUGGCAUCGCUAGACAAGGAGGCCAUCGUGAAGAAGGGGAUGGCGUUUGAUAGCUUUUUCAAGCGGAGUUACAGGAAGCGCGGAACCGACAUGGGCGAGUACCUAGCGAACAAGGAGAAGCUGUGGGAGGACCUACAGGAGAGAGACACCACGACGAGACUUUCGGAUGACCUGAUGGCCUACUUCUUGCUGGAUGGUGCGGGGCUCUCAGAGGAGCAGAAGAGGGGAAUAGUGAUGAACAGCGGCUCAGAGUACAAGUUUGAGGCCUUCCAGCAUGCGCUCAGGGUCAAUUUCCAGGACGUACACGAGAAAGAACGGAGGAACCCGCAGCACCAGCACCAGCACAAGCAGAGCAACCAGAAGUGGAACAAGGGCCACCGAGGGAAGGCGAAUCAGGUGGAGGACCACGAUGAAUCAGACAUCUCGGAUGAGGAGUUUGACGAAGAGGAGCAGGCCAAUGCAGUCGACGAGGCCGACGACAACAGCGACGCUGGGGCAUCGAACGACGACGAGGUCUACGAGGCGCACUCGGCCCAUGAGGCGGCGCGCAAGAAGCUGAAGGACACACAGAAGCAACGGGGUUUCUUCAAGGGCGAGGUUGCCUUUGAGGAGCGCCAAGAAGCGAUCAAAGAAGACAAGAAACGGACUCGAUGUGGAGCCUGCGGGCGCAUCGGACACUGGGCAGGCGACAAGGACUGCCCGAAGAGCGGACAGCAGGGCGCCAAGAAGUUCGGAGGUGGUAAGGGCGGCAAGCCGAAGAGCAAGGCAAAGCCCGGGAAGCCGAAGCACGCGUUCUUCACCCUGGACAUGGACGACAUGGACUACGAGAUGGGCGACGACCGCGGCUCGUUCUACGAGGACUCGAGCGACAGCGAGCCAGAGGAUGAGCGCGAGGAUGACGGCUACCACAACCGGAACUACGACGAAGACCGGAAGGCUAAGCCGAAUAUCAAGCCGACGAAGGCGCCGCAGGAGUUUAUCCCGACCGAGAACUUCGGUGAGUGGAAGGUUUACGAAUUGAAAAAGCGCUUGAACGAGCUCAACCUGCAGGUGAGUGGCAAGCGGGAGAUCCUCAUCGAGCGGCUCACGGGAUACUAUGCGGGCAUCGCGCAGGGCGAGAACAUGAAGUGCACCGACUGCGACAGGUACGGGCAUCAUAGAGAUGACGUGCGCUGCCCACUCUACUCGGAAAGGAAGGUAUACAUGCAUAUUCAGGAGCGUCGAGAGCAGAUCAAGCUGGAGUUGGACAGCAAGCCAAUCACCAAGCCGAAGAUGAAGGAAAAUUCAGCGAGCUCGGCAGCAUCAUCAACGACAGCGACCUGGGAGUUCAUCGACCACACCAACGAACUCACCUGCCCCGUGUGCUACCGCGUCGGCAUGGCGCUGAAGAUCAACAAGGUCAACGGGAGUAAGUUCUACGGGUGCCCGAACUACCUCGCCGUCAUGAAGUGCAAGGGAACGUAUGACUACGAGGUGGGUCAGGCGAAGCUGAACGAGGCGCCUAUUUUGGAGACGCCCUUCGAGUUUGCGGCCGGGCAGCUCGACAAGCGCAAGCUCAUCUUGUUCAACGCCGGGGAUGAGCACAGCUUCAAUGACCAGCUGGUCUGGAUCAUUCCGAUUGGCAUCGGCGGCUACCGUGGCGAGGCAAACUCAACGGAGAUACCUACGGGACAGACGCCACUGCUGUUGUCGAUGCCAGCCCUUGAGAUGCUUGACGGCCACAUUCACAUGAAGACGAAGAAGCUUGAGCUCACCGCGCUGGGGAUCACCGCGGCGCUCAUCAAGAUGCGAAAGACCCCUCACCUGGGGACCGACGUGUCGCAGUUCGGUGACGACGAGAGCGCAGAGACACAGAAGAUGGACCUGACGUCAACCCGAGGAGAUGCACUAGUCCACUACGCGAACGACCUGGAGAUCGUGAAGCAGGGCUAUGCAUUCUUAGAGACAGAUUGCCACGACGACGACUUCGACGUCUCGUUGAACUCCGAUGGUGGGACCAUGGCGUCAGAGCUGGAGAUCUACGCGGGGAACUCACGAAGAGGUGAAGUUUCGAACAGAAUCAUUGCGCAGGAGAAGCAUACCUGGGUAAUCCUAAAGCAAGAGUACACCCUGGCCGAGAAGAUAAGUUACACGAAUCGGAUCGGCAAAUUUCGGAUGGACAAAUUCUCAAAAAGGUUAGACAAGGUAGAUGGAUACGACCUGUUGACGGCAGAUGGCGAGAAGUUGCUGUUCAAUAUCCUAGCAGAGCACGACCCUGUUUUGACCAUCGUGGCGCUUGAUUGCAAAAUUUGGCCAGUUAUGACGAACAUGUGCCCGACGAUCGACUGGGAGAAUCUCCGGGAGACCACUGGAAUGCAAGUCUUGCGUUUGGUGCGGAGAAUCUGCAUUCAUCGCUUACAGCACGGUCGAUAUUUUCUUGCAGAACAGCCAUGGUCGGCAGCUUCUUGGAAGUACAAGGGGGUGCUGGCGGAGGUGUUUUGGUCACCUGGGACAUGGUUUGCUUCGGGUGCCCAGUGUGGGUUUGGCAAGAAGGAUGUAGACAGCGGAAAGCCCAUCCAGAAGCUCAGCGGCUACCUCACCAACAGUCAGUGCAUCUUGAACAAGUUGGCCAUACCUUGCAAGUGCUAG